GGACACCUUCCAGCCGGGCCGCGAGACCACAGGUGACAUCGGCAAGGUGCGCGAGCGACUACCUGCGACCCGCCGCCUCCGCGCGCGAUGACAGUUUAGACUGAAAAAACAACAACAACAACAAAAACCGCUGGUGUGACGUGUGAAACAGACACCAUGGCCACGCAGGAGCCGUCCCCCCCCUCCUCCAUGGAGAGCAACAAGCCCGGCUUCCCCAAGAAGAUCCUGGGCAACCAGCUGGAGGACAAACACCUGUGCAACUGCUGCCACAACAUCCUCCGGAGGCCGUUCCAGGCGCAGUGCGGCCAUCGCUUCUGCUCGUACUGCUUCAACAGGACCGUGAGUAAUGGACCUCAGAAAUGCAGCGCCUGCAUCAAAGAGGAUCUCUUUGAGGAUCCUACAUCCAUUUUGAAACCAGGAUGUGCUUUUCCUGACAACGCGGUGCGGCGGGAGGUGGAGAACCUUUCGGCCGUUUGCAUCCAUGAACAUUGCUCGUGGAAGGGCAGCAUUAAAGACUACGAGCUGACCCACGAGGGGAAGUGCGAGUUCAUGAUCAUCCCCUGCCCUUCCUGCAAAGAGCGCAUACGCUUCAGCGACCAGGAGCGUCACAACGAGCGGGAGUGCCCGGAGAGAACGCUCAACUGCAAGUACUGCAAGGAGCCGUUCCACUUCAAAAACAUCAAGGCCCACGAUGAGAUCUGCCCCAAGUACCCGAUGAUCUGUGAAGGCUGCGCCAAGAAGAAAAUUCCCAGAGAAAAGUAUGUGGACCAUAUUAAGUUCUGCAGCAAAUUCAGAACCCCGUGUCGAUUCCACGUCGUGGGAUGUGAUAUGUCUGUGGAAAAGGAAAAGAUCCACGACCACGAGCGCGCCUUCGCCUACGAGCACCUCAACCUGCUGCUGCACUACAUCAUGGGCAUGAAGGUGAGCAUGGAGGGCCUGCAGCCCCAGGGACUGGAACUGGCCGGCCACAAGCUGCUGGAGCUCCAACAGGCCCUGCGGGAGCUCGAGGCCAGAGUCUCCCAGCUCAGCACCACCUCCUCUGGGCCUCCCGUGCAGGGAGCCGCCGCCGCCUCCUCUUCCUCCUCCUCCUCCCCAUCCUCAUCCUCCAGCUCCGGCCCCGCCGGUCCGCCGGCGCCCGCCCAGCUCCCGCCGCCGCCCGCCCUGGCUCCCGCCCUGUCCGUGUCCACCUCCUUCACGCCGCUGCCCAGCUCGGUGGGCGCGGCGCUGGAGCUGCAGCUGCACAGCGAGAAGACCAAGGUGGCGGAGCUGGGUCGCAGGUGCACGGAGCUGGAGGUCAAAGCCGGCACCUUCGAGAACGUGGUGUGCGUGCUGAACAGGGAGGUGGAGAGGUUCGCCACCGCCAUGGAGGCCAGCAACCGGCAGCACAAACUGGACCAGGACAAGAUCGAGGCGCUGAGCAACAAGGUGCGACAGCUGGAGAGGACGGUGGGGCUGAAGGACCUGACGGUGGCGGAGAUGGAGGGCCGCCUGAGGGAGAUGUCCGCCACCACCUUCGACGGCGUCUUCGUCUGGAGGAUCUCGGAUUUCGCCAAAAAGAGACAAGAUGCCAUCGCGGGUCGAGCCCCCGCCAUGUUCUCACCAGCCUUCUACACCAGUAAGUACGGCUAUAAGAUGUGUCUGCGCAUCUACCUGAACGGCGACGGGACGGGGCGCGGCAGCCACUUGUCCCUGUUCUUUGUGGUGAUGAGGGGGCUCAGCGACGCGCUGCUCAAGUGGCCUUUCAACCAGAAGGUGACCCUGAUGCUGCUGGACCAGAGCAACCGGGAGCACAUCAUCGACGCCUUCCGGCCCGACGUCACCUCCUCCUCCUUCCAGCGGCCGGUGAGCGAGAUGAACAUCGCCAGCGGCUGCCCGCUCUUCUGCCCGCUCUCCAAGCUGGACGCCAAGAACUCGUACAUCCGCGACGACACCAUCUUCAUUAAGGCCAUCGUGGACCUCACGGGCCUCUAGACGGCCGCCGCCCCACCCCCCCCCCAUAAUCAAGCGUCAUUUGGGCUCAAUCGUGGUCCUAUAAGGGCUCUGAUCAGGCCGCGGUGCAUUCUGGGGUGCGAAAAAAGCCCUUUUGCUGCUUCUCCUUUUUUUCCCCCAAUGACGUCACGAAGGUCCGCUUCAGUUGCGCCGCAGUACGUUUCAUUCAUUACUUUUUCUUAAGAGGAUUUAAAAAAGGAGCACCGGUGCAGCGAGGUCAGAGAGGUCAAAGUCGAUUAAAAAGAGCGAGUAAGCAUCUCAUUUGAAUCCCCCUACUUUUGAAGGGAUGAUUGCCAGAACAGGGUUGUAGAUUACAGAUGUUUGAUGUGAUCCUUCUGAUGACUUAUAGUAGAGUUAGAGCUUCACUGCAGCCUUUGUUUUCCUUGCAGAUUGUGGAUAUUGUUAGCUUUCUCAAUUCCAGUGUGGAGUGAAUUUGCAUAGACAAACGUGGAGUUAUGUUAUGAAUAAGAUUUCAGGCAUCUCUUUGCCCUUUUCGUUGGAUCCCUUUGGGCAUGCCGCUGGCGUUUUUUAAGUACAAAACGGCUCCUUAUUUCCGCUUUUACGAGAGCGCUCUCGUUUGUUGUUGAACCUGUGAGUGAAUUAGCCAUCCGUGAUGGUGGACAUUGCCUGCACGUCUUUUGGAGCCAGGCUACUUUUAACAUGUAACGUUAGUGUCACGUAUUAGUUCCUGUUAGGGCUUUUUUUGUUUUUUUGUAAAAGCUACUUCUGGGUGGUGGUUUGGUACAUCUGUGGAAGAUACGGUGGAGUUACCGAGGAGUCAGGGCGGCUUGCCGGUCAAACGCGAGGCAUUUGAACUCUUGCCAAAACAUCACGUGGCUGGAGUUCGGUUCCCAACGGAGCGGGACGCGCUCAAACCAGCUCUCAUCUCAACACAUAGUACCGUGCCCCCCCACCACAGACACCAGGUCCAACACGGGAAUGUCCGCGCUUUUCUGUCCAUACGAGUGUGUGUUUCUGCUGCUCUUCAGAUAGGAUCUAGAUGUGUGUGUGUGUGUGUGUGUACGUGAGGUUUGAGGUGAUGGUGACACUUUGGUCACAAUUGAUUGACGUAGUUUACUGCAGAUGGAAGUAACAUUCAGCCCCUUCCCCACCCCCCCUCCCCCUUGUCCAGGUGUGCUCUCCCUGCACAUGCAUCCACAUUAGAACAUGUAACUCUUCCGUGUGUCCACCAGAGGUCGCUGUGCUCACUUAGCAUGCAUGCUGAGGUCUUUGAAGGUGCCCCGCUGGCCCUGUUUCUGGAGACCCGUCUCGGCCUGUAUUGAAACCUCUCUGUGCAUGGGAGGCUUCAGUCCAUCGUUCACUAUGGAGUUUGGCACCGGGUGUCGUCCCUCCCCCCCCCCCCCCCCAUCCCCCUCCACCCUCCCCCGCCGGGGGCCACGUGUCAAAGCGUUUAUUUGGGUUUUGCUCGGACCAAAAUAACCAUAGAAUAGUUAUUAUGUUAUAUCUGGCGCUGCGUCUGUUCAACAGCAGCAGCCUAUAUUCAUAGCAAUUUAUAAAUAUGUAUCUUUCAUAUCAUAAUGUUGAAAUAGUCUAUAUAUCGAUGUUAAUAUACACGAGAUGUUAUAAUAAACAUAGUAUUACUGAAUACCUUAUUAAUUCUAUAUCUAUAUACCAGCCUUUUGUUUGACCCCCCCCCGCCCUGCCCUCCCCCGCUUUGUGCAGUAAGGACUUGCGUUUCCUGCUAGAGUGCAAUAUUUAUAUUUAUAUGGUCACGCCGGUUAUGAUUUGAUGACACCGUGGCUUUGAGGAAGUCGUACUCGACUUGUUUGUUCACAUCACUCGUCGCGGCGCCGAAGAACUGCUUCCUGUUCCGAACUUUUCAAAGGAAAAGGAAAGCCGCUUUCCUCGGCUUCGAGCGUAGUUUUUACUCACGAUGUAAAAGUGAGGUUUUAGAGAGACGUUUUUAAUGGUGAGGAGUUUCUAUUCUUAGCAGAAAUCUACUUUUGAGUGAUGAUUGAGCAUGUAAUAACUAGGAUGAUUUUUUAAAGUGGUCUUGUAUCGUGCCAAAAUCAAAUAAUACCUCCGUGUACCAACUAUACUGCAUUCGAAAGUUAUAUUUUAUGUUCUAUGCUAAAAUAUGGUGCCAAAUAUAUUUAUAUUUAAAUAUGUGUUAAGUUUUAAUAAGAUGCAUGGGUCACCGGCCGCUCUGAGAAAACGAAUACCGCCCCAUGAAGGUUUUGAAUGUAAGCUUUGAUAGAAUUUUAUUUUCUAAACGCAAAAAAGCAGUUCUGUAGAUGUGACGCUGUCGACUUGAAACAACUUUAUUUGUGCACUUUGUAUCGGUUGUUUGUUCAAACAGGGUAUUUCAUUGGGAUUUAUGUACCUUGAAAUCAAUGCCAUAUAUAUAUAUAUAUACAUAUAUAUAUAUAUAUAUAAUUUGACGUUGAUAAUAUUAAUGUGUUAUGGUUUAAAGAGGACAUGCAGUAUGUAAUAAAGUUUGCUGGUUUCA